AUGACCGCGCAGGACAAUGACCUAGUGCAGUCUGUCGCUGCCGACCAGCCAGCAACAAUCGCCCCCGCCUCGCGCCGUGAUCCCAUUGAAGACGCCGACGCGAGCUUCACCCGCAAACGCCCCCGCCUGCACGGAAGCAACAGUCUGUGUGCCAUGUCCACAGAGGCCCAUACCCCGGACAACCACGUAGAGAUGACCAUACGCUCCCACCCGCCCUCUUCCCCGGUGCGCGCUGGGGACGACCACGACCACAGUCAUACAGGUGACGUUGCUGCCAGCAGUCCUUCGCCUGCCCCGGUCCACUCGCCUAUACUCAUCCCUAGCUCCGAUGACGAGGGUGCCAGCCCUCCUGUUAUGCUUGUCAACGACGAGGACGAUGACGAGGACAGCAAAGACAAGGCUGUCAGCCCUCGUGUCAUGGUUGUCGACGACGACAACGACGAGGAUGACAACGACGUAGUCGGCCUUGCCCUGCACAUGAACCCCGAGGACCACUUCUGCCGGUUUCCCUACUCUCAUGUGGGUAGCUAUACUAGUGUAGUCCGUGAUCUGGCUCAGCAUGUGCAAGAUAUCGAUAAUGAUAUUGAUGCCGCCUUCUUUCUGGGCCUUUCGCAAUGGCUCGUCAACCUCCCCGAUCCCUCGGCGGACGACAUGCAAGGCUUUUACGUGAGCAAAGCUGCAUUUUGGGACGACUUUGGUCUUUUGGUGCACAAAGUCCUCUCUCGCAGGGUCUCGUUCACACGCCAUAACCAUGACCAUGACCACCGGUUAGGCGAUGCGUUUUACAGCUUCUUGAGUGCCUACGUCAGAACGUCUUCUUUUCUCCUACUCGUAGAUGUCCUCCUAAUUUCCCGGCCGCGGCCUGACGAUAUAUAUCCUUUGCCUUUGAUCAGCCAAAAACACCUUCGACAUUUACAUACCAUUCUUCGAUCCGAUAAGGCUCCAGCAUACCAUAUGGUCAGCAAAGAGUAUUCAGUAGACAUUCGCAAGAUGGUUUUGCGAUUACAGCAGGACUUUAUUGCGGCCAACGGGGCCCGGAACCUCCUUUGGCUAGCCACUGAUGCAAUCCUUCAGGUGCCCAUAGGCACGCAGAAUCAUAUUGCCGUCUUCACCUCGCCUGUGUUGGUCGCAUUGGGCUCGUCAAUUUUCCGCAGUGCUAUUACGAGCAGCGCGCACGACCGGUCCGAGUUUAGUCGCUCCACUCUGCUGUUUCUGGAAAAGUACAUGGACGACUUGUUCAACUUGAGCAGAACUGCCGAAGCCAGCAUUGCACGAGACUUGGUUCAACAUUUUCAUGCCUUGCUAUUCGAACUUUGCCUCUGGGAUAAAGACAUAGAAGCAGAUCUAGUUGUCAGAUUCUUAGACUUCAGGGACCCGGAUUCGCCGACUACCUCAUCACCUACCGAGACCAACCCUCGCACAGAGCAGCAAGACGAGUAUUGCCAAGACCCUGGGUCUCUGGCUGCCCUUGUUGCCAAUGCAUGGAAAUUCAAGAUUCUUCGGAAGUACCUUAUGAAGGGCAAGAUGGACUUGCGUGUAAUGAGCAUCGGCAUGAUGGAUUCGGGGCUGGUUGAAAUUUUCAAGCAAUACAGUGAUCACGACACCGUACCUAACCAUCCAGUCAUGAACUACCUAUCGGACUUCCUUAUCGAAGGAAAAGUUGUUGAAUACAUCAUCAGCGUUGACUCCCAUCCACAAAUUCUGCAACGCAGUGGCAAUAUCAUUGGGUUUCUUGUGGUGAACCACCGUUGGACAGAUAACCAAGCGGACUCCAUCUGGAAGACGAUUGCAACGAACCCUGACCCACGAGUUGUCUCGGCGACACUGACCAUGAUGCGAGCUAUCCUACACUUAAUGAGGGUGACGGAUCAUUUAUAUCUCUGCACAAAGCUCUGCGAACUCCCCAUUAGCCGUUACACCAUCAACAUGUUACGGUUCCUCCAUGAGUUGAGCGUCAAAGUUGUGGAAAGGGCAACUGCCGAGGACUAUGCCAUGAGGGACCGGAGGGCAAAGCCUUGGAACGUUUGUGUUCGCGUCAUCUGUGAUACAGCGUCUCAGAAAGAGACGGACAAAGAGCUCCUGGAUCUACACAACGAGGCUAUCGAACACCUCCGCGGUUUAGCACCUCAUGUUCCUCUCAACGAGCGACUUGCCAUUUAUCGUGAGUGUGCAGAUCACAUUAGCAAUCACUCUGAAAAGGCGACUGGCAGUGUAAAGGUCAUCUAUACGCUUGCAUCAUCACUUCAUACAGGUGACGGCUUCUUCUUUCAACAGAAUCAGGAUGUAACACGCAAGAUCUUGGAAGAGAUACCGUGGUUAGUUGAAACGGAAAAGAAUGCGGAACCAAGUGCAUACCAGCCUUUGUCUCUUCGUUAUAGACUGGAGCUUCUCGCACUCAUGAUAUGUCGUGCCGGGCCUGCCAUGCCUGCUGAGCUCUUCCCAACUCUCUGGGACCACACUGUCGGCUCGCACGCAAUUUCUAAUAAUGCAAGAGAUUGGGCAUGGGCACAGUUAUUCCAGACGAUCAAGCUUAUUCCAGAUAAUGAGUAUUGUAGGCAACUCGUCUCUUCCUACCUAUCGAAGAUGGAUCCAUGCUUCUAUACCCCCGGAAUGUUCGAAUUUGUCGCCAACUACAACUUCCCUACCAUUCGCGAGAUUGUGACGACCGACGAUGGAGUCAAGACAGUGUUGCAAAUUCCCGGCGCUGACCUGCUGUGGUCCAUGGUCCUUUACUCACCCGAAGGCUCUGUUGAAGAUCGGGCUGCGCGUCUUCUCGCCAGCCGCUAUGUCCAUAUCAACGAAGCCGAGGGUGUCACGCUAGCAGAUGUGGAGGCUGCCCAUGUUGCCCUUGUGGAAAAAUGUAUGCAUGAGAUACGGGACGCAUGCAAGACCAUACGCGAGCCAUGUUCUGACGACACAAUUCCGACUGUCUCUGAUGCGAUCCGACACGAAAAGGAAGGGCGUUGCCGCAGAAUCAUUCUAUUCCAAAAGUUACUGCUUGAGCGGCUACGACAGAAACCAGAAUUCAAUCGCGCCAAGAGAGCGGACUCUAAAAUUGACGAGAUGGACAUACCAUACGGAGAUGCUAUCACAAUCCGAUUUCAGUGCGCUAAUGGCGACCGGCAGGCAGUAUCAAUGGGCCCAGAUCACACUGUGGAUGAUCUUUACCGCAGGUUAUGUUACGUCUCGGGCUACACCAAGCUCAACCUUUUUGCCAAAGGUCAUCGCGUUGAUGUAGCUGCCCAAGCAGAAGAAAAGCUCAGUGAUGUCGACUUUGGAGGUCAGCUUCUACUUCAGAAGGCACCAGAGGCCAAAGUCACUCGCCCAUUGUCGGGUUCGGUUGCCGGAUCUUCAGUGUUCGAGUCAACUGUGACGAAAUACUUUGACGAGUUGUUCUCAUUGAUGGACUCUAAUGAUACCAUCAGCCAAUUGCUAUUCGACUACCUCAGCUUCUUCCCGGCUCGUAACAAUAUACCAGAUAGCGUCAUGGCCGAUGCUGCAUCCUCAGAAGGCCUUUUCCCACCAGGGAGGUUUUUCCAGGCAAGAUAUGCAGCUCUAGCUCUCCAAGAUAAGCUGCGUGAGCAGAUUAGGAAUAAGUCGAGCAUGGACGAAAGGUUCCUGGGCAAGGCAGUACAACACUUGAACGGAGCGAUACUCAAUGAAAAACUUAUCGGCGGUACCAUUUCAAGUCUUCAAGAAUUGCAGCUAGCGGCAGUACUCGUAACUGUACUAUUGGACUUCCUUAGAGAACGACCAUCCCCUGAUGUCUCAGCCGGAUACUUUUCCGAUCCAGUUCGACUGGCAGAUCGCCUUAUGUCCAUCUUGUCGAUGGCGCUCGAAACCAAUGAAGAUGCCACCGUGAUCCAAGACUGCUAUGGGGCCAUCAUCGAGGCAUCGCUACAUUCUCGAGCUGUAUGGGAAGCUUUUGUCGGACAUCCCGAGACACCGCGCUUGCAUGAUAUUCUGCUUCUAGAGGAUAGCCGACAAUUUGUCAGAGAGCAUGUUGCGAAGAAAAUUGCGUCCGUAUGUGGAGGAGAUCUUCCCUCCACUUGUCCGCUGGCCAAAGGUGAAGUCGCUAUUCAAUUUUGGACCGCUAUAUCCGCCAUUAUCCCAAGUUCCGUUCGCCACUCUACACAAUCCCAACAACUUUUCGGCAUCGCCGACCAUGUCUUCCGCGCUCAGGACGAAUAUAAGCGUGACGAGAAUUUACUUCGCGCAUGGCUAGCUCAGUGGAGCGAUCUGCUACUGGAUUACGAGCAUAAAGAGGUCGUAGGUCGUGAAGAUACUGACUUCGUCGUGUUUGGCCUUACAAAGUUGCUGCUCUGCUGCAUAUUGUCACUGAAAUCCUUCAAACUACCGAUCAACGCUGGGAACGUAAUGGAGCAGAUCUUCAAGAAGUACAUAUUCACAAAAAGUUCACCGGCUAUUGGAGCCAGCCAAUUGAACGUUCCCAUACUACAAUCACAUUCGAGGCGUGAGAUUUACGACUUGAUGUUGGCCCUAGUCGAUGACAGCAGCACCUACAGCGAUCUCCUUCGCCUUGCAGGAGAAGUAGAGCUGGAAGAUUGCGAGACGGCACUAGCGACACUGUCCGUCGAUCGUUCUAUGGAAGUACGCUCCAGCACGGGUUAUGUAGGUUUAUACAACCCCCGCGCAAUUUGCUACGCGAACUCGCUUCUUACUCAGCUCUUCAUGAACCUGAACUUUCGCAAGUUCAUGCUUGGACUGGAGCUUCAAGAGAGUAAUGGCUCCCAAAAACUCCUCCUCGAAACACAGAGACUCUUCACAAAUAUGCAGCACUCUUUCCGGCGAUCAGCUGAUCCACGGAGCUUCGCAGCCUGUGUCAAGAACUCAGACCUCAUGCCAAUUGAUAUUAGCGUCCAGAUGGAUGCCGACGAGUUCUACAACUCUCUCUUUGAUCAAUGGGAACGUCAGCUCAUAAAAGAAGAGAGUAAACAGGAAUUCCGCUCUUUCUACGGAGGUCAAACCCUCAAUCAGAUCAAGUCAAAGGAAUGUGAGCAUGUUUCUGAGCGAUCGGAACCCUUUUUCGCUGUUCAAUGCGAUGUGGUCGGCAAGUCCACGCUACAGGAGAGUCUCCAGGCCUUUGUUAGCGGAGACGUUAUGGAAGGCGACAACAAGUACAAGUGCGAGUCAUGCGACAGAUACGUCGAUGCAGUAAAGAGAACUUGCUUCAAGGAAGUGCCGGACAACCUCAUUUUCCAUCUCAAGCGCUUCGAGUUUGACUUGGCCGACUUUAGCCGGCGAAAGGUUCACGACCACUUUGAAUUUCCACCAUGCAUUGACAUCAAUGCUUACCAUGUUAACUCUCUCAGCAAUCCAACAAAGGCGCAUGAUGAGGAUAUUUUUGACCUAGUAGGCGUACUUGUACAUACCGGCACUUGCGAGCACGGCCACUACUAUUCUUACAUUCGUGAGCGGCCCAGUCCGGCUGGAAGCGCGGCUCCCACUUGGGUCGAGUUUGAUGACAGUAAUGUGGUACCUUUCGAUCCGGCAGACAUUGCGUACCGAACUUUUGGAGGCAUGACCGACGAUACUUAUAACCGUAUGCCCAAGCAAUAUUCGGCAUACAUGCUGUUUUAUCAACGUCGGACCGCGAUUGAAGAAGACCAGCGUAAAUGGGUCACCUCAACGAAUGAACGGACUUUAAAAGUCCCAGCACCACAAGCUCUUAAGCAGGAAGUUGACGUUAACAACGCACUCAUCAUCCAAGAGUACUGUCAGUUCGAUUCAAACCAUACAAAGUUUUUGCGACAACUUCAUGCCAUGUCACGCACAAUCAAUCAUGGCUCUUGCUCCGAAGACCAUGCGCAUGAGAAACAGUCGUUGCAAAUCGUCCUUACGCAUCUUGCUCACAUAGCGUGGCGUCACACUACUUCUGAUCUCUUCACGGAAACACUGCUUCAGCUUCGACGCUCAGUCCUACCAUGCGCGAUGUGUUGCAAUAUAUUUCUCAAACACUUCGCUACAGAUGAGGGUGCGCUAUUCAACAUGCUUGUUCGUUGCCCCCACGCCAAGGUUCGCUCUCAAAUACGCAGCUUCUUGGUCGAUUGUCUCAAGGUAUCCCGUGAAAAAGAACCGACUUUGUACGGUCUCGAAGGAACUGAGAACGACAUGGAUUCUGAUUGUUCAACUAUCACAAAGGAUGGGUUACUUGUAGACAUCACCCAAAGACUACGUCAGACUGCAGACGAUAGCUAUCAAAGCAUCCGAGGAUGGGACGACUUCUACUUGACCUUGACUCAAGUUGUAGAGAUUGGCCAUGCUGAGAUCACUGUCUUCUUGAACCAUGGUUUCCUGGAUUUCUGCAUCAAGCUGCUUUCCAUCCAUGUGCAUAGGCGCCUGCAAGACGAUUACCCAGAGUUUUGGAGGAUUCUGAGUAAGAAGGUAGGCAUUUACAACCGACUUAUUCAGUUUUUCUCGACUCUACUUUCACACAUGGAUACGAGCCUGCCACUUGUUCCUUCAACGCUGAUCGAAAAUCGCGGGGCUACGCUUGGCCGAGAACGCCUCAAGUUCCCACUGACCCACCGAGAGCGACAGAUGCUAUUCUACUGGGAUCCAGAACUCAAGGCGAUAGCGGUGCUAGAUAAGGCCAUGGAGAUGUUUGACCUGACCAAAGUGGACGCGGAAUACUUCUAUCCUGGUGACAUUGUCAAAACGAUGAUUGGCUGGACGGACCCGCAUGCUCAGUCGAAUCUUUUCAAGACGAUUAACGACGGCGUAGGUCUGGACCCGCCGUUUUGCGACGCGUAUGUGCGAGCGGCGCUAUCUUUCUGCGAAACGUCCGCAACAGCCGAGAGCGUUACUAGACUGAUCACCACGGUAUCCAAAGCAAUCGCAUCGGCGAAUCGACUCGAGGAAGAACGUCUACCGAACGGGAUAGCUGUUUUGGACUUCUUCAUCGGUCUUCUGAAGGCUGACAACGAGGCACUUUUCGAACAGCGGCAUCCAUAUGUCUUCUUCUAUUGGGUCAUGGCGAGGAGCCGUAUAUGGGCACCUGCCCUGCUUCUUAACCCACUAGAGAGUGUACGCCAGAGCGCAGAACUACUAGUGAGCGAGCUCUACAAAGAUCACGACUGGCCCACGGACAUGGUGGCUUUCAAAUGGCGAUCACUUCGUGAAUUAUUGGGCGAAAUGAUGCAGCGUAUUAUCUUCGAAAAAGACGCAGGUAUGCUGAGGAUCCAUAUGACUCCGCUCAUUUCGUGCUGUCAAUUCCUCCUGCGACAGAUUUUUGAACUGGUACACAGUGAGGAUCCAGAUCCAAACUUGGAUAUGUACAGGGACGACGUAAAUGACAGUGCUCGUAUAUACGCUUGGCAAACAGAUAUUGAGCCGCGGCUACACUCGUGGCCACAAGACGACAGUCGCUUAUCAGCAGGGGACCUUUAUGACCAGUCGGACUUUGGUAGUGAGUCGGAUGUGGAGGAGGUGGCUGGCGUCGAGUCAUGA